AAGAAUAUGAAGGUUUUCAGUUCCGCUUCAGAUCCAUGUGACGGAACCGAACCGAGUCAUGAGUGCCGAUAAUUCAGAGGUUCUUCUGCCGUUACGAAACCUGUUCAACACCGUGAAAUGCACCAGAGACCGAGUGAGAGAUGGAGAAUCAAACGAAUCUAGUGGGAUGUUCAGUUUGUCAAACUUCUGGGAGACUCUGAAUCAGGCCAUUAAAGCAACAUCUCAAGAAGCAACAAAACUCAGUUUAAUCUUCUCAAAGCCUCCGGUGCCGUCAGAGGAGGACUGUGCAAAAAUAGCAGAAUCUGUUCAGAAGAGUGUGCUGGCGCUGUCUACAGUUUACUUUUGGUUACCGAAGAGCCAAGGAAUUACGUUACGGAAGGCCAUUCGCGACGCCACCGCUGAUGUGUUUGAAGGUCUUGUGCAGCUGUUGGACGUUAUUCUCUCCUCCACUUUACAAAGUUUAUCACAGGAGCAGCUGAUGUCCACUGGAGGUGUUUGGGCGGCAUGUGACCAGUUUGAUCAGCUGCCAAAAGAUAACCGUGCGGCUGUGUUACGAGUCGUGACGUCACAUGUCAGUUUGGUGAAAGACGCUCUGGAAGAAAUGGAGCAGGCGCUGACUGAGGCUCAGGACCCGUUUGGAGACAUCUUAGAAGAUGGUGAUGAUGAUGAAAUAGUCGCUCGUGGUAACCAAGACACGUACUGGUCGGAGUCGGACCGUCAGCUCAUCUCUCAGUGUCAGGGUCUGAUGAAGGCGUCCGGCGCGUGUUUGCGCAAACUCUCGUCUGCGGUCAAGAACAACGGCAAAGUGGAUACGGAAGAGAAUAUCGCACAGUUAGACGAUCUCGCAGAUGCAGCGAAAGAAAUCAGCCCGAGUGUUGAUGAUCUCACUCUCAGCCUGUACCCGCCUGUCCAUCGCUCUGCUGUGGAACAGAACGUGUGUAAGCUGUCGUGUGUGCUGAAGAAAUUGCUGGAGAUCACGAGGUGGUGUCAUGUGUGUUUGGAGGCUGAUGUGUCCUGGGUGGAGUUUCUCAGUGGCGCUGUGGAUCACAACCUGGAGAAGAUCCAAUCACUGCUGCUGCACUCCAGCCCUUAACGACCGAUUGCACGAGAAUCUCUUACAUGGUGUGUGUGUGUGAGUGUGUGUGUGUGUGUGUGUGUGUGUGUGUGUGGCUGUGUAUCAUGUGUGUGUGAGUGUGUGUGUGGCUGUGUAUCAUGUGUGUGUGAGUGUGUGUGUGUGUGAGAGAGAGUGUGAGUGUGAGAGAGUGUGAGUUUGAGUGUGUGUGUGUGUGUGUGUGAGCGUGAGUGUGUGUGUGUGUGUGUGGCUGUGUAUCAUGUGAGUGAGUGUGUGUGAGUGAGUGUGUGUGAAUGAGUGUGUGUGUGUGUGUGUGUUUGUGUGGCUGUGUAUCAUGUGUGUGUGUGUGUGUUUGUGUGUGUGUGGCUGUGUAUCAUGUGUGUGUGUGUGUGUUUGUGUGUGUGUGGCUGUGUAUCAUGUGGCUGUGUAUCAUGUGUGUGUGUGUGUGUUUGUGUGUGUGUGGCUGUGUAUCAUGUGGCUGUGUAUCAUGUGUGUGUGUGUGUGUGUGUGGCUGUGUAUCGUGUGUGAGUGAGUGUGUGUGUGUGUGUG